ACGCUUCUGUGUUAUUUGCAAAAAAUAGAACUUUAUUGUGGAACCAGCAAACUUAAAUGUUGCUAAUAACAAUUGUCGUUAAGUGAAGAAUAUUUUUAGUCCAGCGAUUUGUUUUUAAAGAACUAAAUUUACUAACUGACGAUAGCAGUCAAAUGUUAGUAUUUUUAGUUAAAAAUUAAAAACAAUAACUUUAGAGCGCACUCUUAUACAAACAUCGCCAUAUAAUUGAAAAUAAAAAUGGAAGUACAACAGCUUGAAAUUCUUUGCAAGCAAUUGUACGAAGCAACGGACUCUGCAAUAAGAUCAGAUGCCGAGAAAGCAUUAGUGCAAUUUGUUAGCAGUCCAGAUGCGCUGCCGAAAUGUCAGAUGUUGCUUGAUCGGGCGGAUUCAAGUUAUGCACAACUCUUAGCAGCUACCACACUUACAAAAUUAUUGCAAGGACUUACCUUAGAGCAGCGCAUUGAUAUAAGGAGUUACGUGCUCAACUAUUUGGCAACGAGACCAAAUCUUGUACACUACGUGGUGCAAGCGUUGGUUACAUUGAUUGCAAAAAUCACAAAAUAUGGAUGGUUUGAUGCAUAUGAAUCUGAACUUAUAUUUCAAAACAUUUUGGAAGAUGUUAAAAAAUUUUUACAAGGGUCUGUAGAACAUUGUACGAUUGGUGUUCAAAUUUUAUCACAAUUGGUUUCAGAAAUGAACACUUUCAUAGAAUUGGAUGCAAAUUUCUCAUUUUUAAAGAGCCGCAAAAUAGGUACUUCAUUUAGGGAUCAUCAACUUUACGAUAUAUUUUUAUUAUCUUGUUCGCUACUUGUAACUGCGAGGGACACUAGCAAAAACUUAAACUUUUUGGAUGAUUCUAAACGAGGGCUUAUAUCGCAUGUGCUUCGUUUAACAAAGAAUUGUUUAAGUUUUGAUUUCAUUGGUAGCUCAACAGAUGAAUCCUCCGAUGAUAUGAAUAGUGUACAAAUACCAACAUCAUGGCGUCCAGCAUUCCUUGAUCCAAACACAUUAAAAUUAUUUUUUGAUUUGUAUCAGAUAUUAUCAAAUGGUUUAGCGCAAUAUUCUCUACAAUGUUUGGUGCAAAUGACAUCAGUACGUAGGUCGCUUUUUAAUAAUUCCGAACGCACAAAAUUUUUAACUAAUUUAGUGGAAGGAGUCAAAAACAUUCUCGUCAAUUUACAUGGUUUGAGCGAUGCGGACAACUAUCACGAAUUUUGUAGACUCUUGGCGCGUUUAAAAUCAAAUUAUCAAUUGGGUGAAUUAAUAGCUGUACCUUGCUAUCCCGAGGCAAUAGAACUUAUAGCAAAAUUUACAGUAGAAUCUUUACGGAUGUGGCAAUUUGCACCUAACAGUGUACAUUAUUUACUGACACUAUGGCAACGUAUGGUGGCAUCAGUGCCGUAUGUUAAAUCUCCUGAACCACAUUUAUUGGGCACAUAUACACCGGAAGUAACAAAGGCCUAUAUUGAGUCCCGUCUAGAAUCGGUACCAGUAACGGUGCGUGAUAAUUUGGAAGAUCCUUUAGAUGAUCUUUGUAUGGUGCAGCAACAGCUAGAGCAACUGUCUGUGAUUGAACGUUGUGAAUAUGAUAAAACAUGUGCUCUCCUGGUACAACAUUUUGAUCAAAAAGCGCGUGAAUAUGAAAAUUUAUUACAAACACCAAAUGCUAAUCCCAUGGAUAUUACUAUACAUGAACUGCAGUUAACUUGGCUGGUAUAUAUAAUAGGUUCAGCUAUUGUUGGACGUUUGGCUGUUAACUCCAAUGAUGAACAUGAUACAAUGGAUGGUGAAUUAGUGAUAAGAGUUUUACAAUUAAUGAGUCUAACAGAUGCUCGUCUGCCUCAAGCAGGUUGUGAGAAAUUGGAACUAGCGGUAUUGAGCUUUCUGGAGCAAGUGCGAAAAAUGCACAUCAGCGAACAAACGCAAAAAGUAAAUGUUUAUAAGAGACUGAGUGAGGUUUUUGGAGUAAACGAUGAACAAAUGCUGUUAAGUUUUAUCAAUCGAAAAAUUAUUACUAAUUUAAAAUACUGG